AUGGCCAACCCCCGCGUUGAAGAGCUUCCCGAUGACGAGACCAAGAAGGUCUCCGUCGAGGAGCACGAGGACGAGAGCUCCGACUCCGAGGUUGAGGGCGAGGAUGCUGAGGGCCUUCCCUCCGGCUCCACCGCCGUCAUCCACUCCCGCAACGAGAAGAAGGCCCGCAAGGCCCUCGAGAAGCUGCACCUGACGAGAGUGCAGGGCAUCACCCGCGUCACCCUGCGCCGCCCGAAGAACAUCCUCUUCGUCAUCAACAACCCCGAGGUCUACAAGUCCCCCAACAGCAACACCUACAUCGUCUUCGGUGAGGCCAAGAUCGAGGACCUCAACGCCACCGCCCAGCAGGCUGCCGCCCAGCAGCUCGCCGCUGCCGGUGGUGAGCACGACCACGCCGGCCACAGCCACGCUGAGCCCAGCAAGGCCGCCGAGGCUGAUGCCAAGAAGGAGGAGGAGGAGGAGGAUGACGGCGAGGAGGUUGACGCCGAGGGCAUUGAGGACAAGGACAUCGAGCUCGUCAUGACCCAGGCCAACGUCAGCCGGAAGAAGGCCAUCAAGGCCCUGAAGGAGAAUGACAACGACAUUGUCAACUCGAUUAUGGCAUUGAGCAUCUAG